AUUUUUUUUUGAGUUUUCCGCCGUUUAACUUCCGGUUCUUUGUGGAAUAUGCUUAUAGAGAUUUAAGGUAUGUAUCGUCGUUUUUUAAAUGCUUUAUUUUGCUUAUGCUAGUGAGUAGGAAAUAAUGCACAAUUGAGUUGAUUUAUAUGUCGCUAUUUUUUUUUAUUUAAGCUAUUUAGUCGUUUUUUGAGCGAUAUUACAGUUAAUGUAUUUUAAGGUGGUUUCACUAACAAGCUGUUUGGCCGCUGGAUCAGUAAAAUAAUGCACUCUCUUAUAUUUUUAUUAUCGUAUUAUAAGGAAAUAUAAUUUAUUGUAGGUCUUUUUUUUCUAAAGAUGAUUAUUUUCUUAUCUUAAAAGAUCCAGCAACAUUUUAUAGCAAUAUAGGUCUAAGCAUUUUCAAAAAUAUUCUCAAAUUAACCGUUAUAGAUGCAGCGUAUUCAUCAUAGGAAAUUUUUUAUAUUACUUAAUCGACGUUACAAUUGAUUUUCCUUCUAAAUAAUCUUAUAUAAUGUAUAUAAAAUAUAUUGUGUAGUGAAUCAUCAGAAAUUUAUGCGUCAGAUUCUGACUUUCAGAGCUGACGGUUGAUUAGUUACUCGAUGAAAAAAUGGAGACGGAAUCAGUAAGAAGUGGAAGAUCCGAACGCUCGGAGAGAUCUCAACGAUCCCGAAGAAGCAACAGACAUCAUCGACAACAUCAACCACUACCCCAAGCAGGCCCUUACUAUUCCAAUCGACACGACAUAGACGAAGGCUCAAUACGGGAUGAUCGAUCCGUUACAAUAAGUGUGCCGCAUUCCAGGGUCAUGGGGCGAGCAGAGUCGGGGGCACCUGGAGUAAGCAUGAUUAGCAGACCGAUUCGAGAAGGAAAUGAUAGAAUCGAGGUGCAAAUAGUUCAACAAGAUGACAAUUGGCCCGAUAAUACAACGGCAAUCACUUCAGAAACUGGGCUUUCAACAGAUGACAUGGCAAGGUUAGGUAGGGAAAUGGAGGAUUCAGUCGGGUUCACUUGUGCCAGAUAUUUAGGCACCGUCUUUACAGUUAUAUUUAGCAUCUUAGCUAUUUUAAGUCCAGUUGCUAUGUUAGUUUUACCAAAAUUGAAUGUAAUCAAUGACUGGGAAACUGACGCAUGUGACAUAGCUUGCGAAGGAUUGUUCAUUAGCUUUGCUUUCAAAUUGGUUGUUUUAAUUAUUGGGACAUGGGCGCUUUUAUGGAGAACACCUAAAGCAACUCUUCCCCGAAUGAAUGUUUUAAGAGCCUUUGUUUUAUUUCUCGCUUCCGUUCUGAUAUUUGCAUUUUGGCUAUUUUAUGGUGUUAGAAUCGUUAAGAAGAAAGAAACAUCGUAUGAUUCCAUUGCUCGAUUCUCAUCGUCUUUGGUUGAUGCCUUGCUAUUUUUACACUAUGCUUCUUUGCUUUUGCUUAAAAUAAAGCAUAUGACAACGAGAUUUGUGGUUCAUGUUGUUAGGUCACCAGACGGUAUUUCAAAGUGCUAUCCAGUUGGUGAUAUGAGUAUACAAAGGUUGGCUGUUGCGGUGCUAGAGAACUACCUCAGGGAUUUUGAAGUAUACAACCCAUACUUGGAACAUGUCACAAGUAAAAGAAAUAGAUCAACUAGCUAUAAAGUAUACAAUGUUGAUGGACCCUCCGCGGGUGAUGGUGCAUUAUUGGGUAACGCACGACCUCCUCCUAGACGUGAAUCAGGACAUAAUGAGAGGUUUCACGAUGAAAUGGAAUACGAAAAGAAAGUAAGGAAGAGAAAGGCGAGGUUGAUUGUUGCAACCGAAGAAGCUUUCACUCAUAUCAAGCGAUUGCAGUUAGAAAAUAGUCCUGCAAUUCCAAUGGAUCCUAACGAGGCGGCUCAGGCUAUUUUCCCAUCAAUGGCUAGAUCGUUGCAAAAGUUUUUACGAGUCACCCGCCAACAACCUCGAUAUACAAUGGAAUCUAUUUUACAACAUUUGACUCUUUGUAUAGGACAUGAUAUGGGGCCGAAAGCAUUCUUAGAAAGAUACUUAACUCAGGGAUCAAUCAUAAUGAAUGACAAAGAGUACAAGAAAACUCAAAAUUGGAUAUUAAUAUGCGACCAACUAUUAUCAAGAGGCAUUGAACAUGGUACAAUGUUGCAGCUAAGAUACGGAGAUGUAGCUCUAAUGGUUAACGUUCGUCGAUUACCUCAUCUAAACUUAACAGAAGAAGUUAUAGACCCAAAAUGCAACAAAUUUGUUAUGCGAUUAAAUUCUGAAACUUCUGUAUGA